CGCGGCGGGGCCGGCGGCGGGCGCGGGGAUGUCGAGGAGCUCCAAGGUGGUCCUGGGCCUGUCGGUGCUGCUGACCACGGCCACGGUGGCCGGCGUGCACCUGAAGCAGCGGCUGGAUCAGCAGAGACUUCAUUACGGCGUGAUCAGAGACAUUGAGAGACAGAAUCGGAAAAAAGAAAACAUUCGUCUUUUGAGAGAGCAAAUUACUUUAACUGAGCAACUUGAAGCAGAAAGAGAGAAGAUGUCAUUGACAAAGGGAUCACAAAAAACAUGACUUGAACAAGAGAUGUUAGUGGAAGGACAGUGUCGAGUGUGUUUGUGUCUCUGUGUAGGUGGAGAAUAGUUUAGUGAGGUAGAUCUCCAGCCUUUUCUUGACGCCUUGCCCAUAUAAACUUGAUUGAAAA